GAGGAGAGCCACUGCAGCAGCUCCUCGGGGCGGGGACCGGCCGCGCCUUCUAGGCUUCCAGCUCCUUCAGCGAGAACCCUCGGGCUUUCCAGCUGAGGCCGGCCAUCCCGCGCGGCAGGGAGCGACGAUGGAGAGGCUGGUGUUCGUUGGGCUCUUGUGUCAUCUGUCUGCCUACAGACUGAUUUGGUUCUUCGCAGCAGUGAGGCUCUGCAGGGCGGCCCAAGUGGUGACCCAAGAUGAAGAAGAGCUGCUGAACACACCUGCUUCCUUAAGAUGCUCUCUGCAAAAUUCCGAGGAAGUCUUGAUUGUGACAUGGCAGAAAAUCAAGGCUGUAAGCCCAGAAAACAUGGUCACCUUCAGCAAGAACCAUGGGGUUGUAGUCCAGCCUGCCUAUAAGGACAAGAUAAACAUCACCCAGCUGGAACUCAAGAACUCAACCAUUACGUUCUGGAAUACCACCCUGGAGGAUGAAGGGUGUUACAAGUGCCUCUUCAAUACUUUUGGUUCCGGGAAGAUCUCGGGAAAAGCCUGCCUCACCCUCUCUGUACAGCCCACAGUGUUCCUUCACUAUAAAUUUUUCGAAGACCACGUAAAUAUCACUUGCUCUGCCAAUGCCCGCCCAGCCCCUGUGAUCUCCUGGAAGGUCUCUGGGUCAGGGAUUGAAAACAGUACUGAGAUUCUCUCACACCCCAAUGGGACCACAUCUGUCACGAGUGUCCUCCAGGUCAAAGACCCCAAGAGCCAGGUGGGGAAGGAAGUAAUCUGCCAGGUGCUACACCUGGGGACUAUGACCAGCAUCAGGCAAACUUUGGACAAAGGCUUUUGGUUUUCAGUUCCACUAUUGUUAAGUAUUGUUUCCCUGGUCAUUCUCCUGGUCUUAAUCUCAAUCUUAUUAUACUGGAAACGUCGUCGGAACCAAGACCGAGAGCCCUAGAAGACUCACACAGAACCCUGAAUAUUAUGUCCUGGUCUACUUGAAUCUGAUUCAUGAGAAAGGCAGGAGGAAAAGGGUCAUUCUCCAAGAACAAAAGAGGUAGGGGUAAAAGACCUAAGAAUUUCAAGAUUUCCUUCUGCCAUGUAAGCGACCCAGUGCUGGUGAGUGUUCCAAAAGGAAGUCAUUUCACCUCUCAAGUCUGUUGUAGGACUUGAUUUUGUGAAGUAGGGCAGUGUUGUCCUGUUGAAUGGACUCUGGAUCAGUAGCCACAACUCAGAGACUGACUCUGGCUCCAGCUGAUGGCAGCCCCACGUUCAUCACUUUCUCUCAAUGAGCUUCCACAUCUGCAUCCAGAAAAUUAAGAAGUUGGACCAGAUAAUUUGCCAUUUCUGCUCUAAAAACUGAUGUAAUUCCAGGAAAGAAAAUGAAUAAUGAAAUGAAAAAGAGAAAGGAGAAUACAGAAAGGUGUUGAGGACCAAAGAACUUUUCUGAGACUACCUUUAACCUUUCUGUUGAUGUUCCUUCUCUUCUUCCAUAUUGUUCUUAGGUCCAUGAGUCUGUUUUUUCAUGUGUUUCUUCACUGCAUUGUUAAUAGCUGGUCUUUCUAAAGUCCUUGGUUUCACUGCUAUAUUUCAUGUUCUUUUGUGACGUUUACCACAAUGAAUGUGGGACUGAAUUUAUUGCAAAAUAACAUGGGCAACCUUAACUUUACUCAUCUAUUUUUAUAGAAGAAUAAGUAUUGUUAGUCCAACAGCUCGCAUAUUUAAAAAAGUUUGCAUUUCCUGUCCCAUUUGACUCAUAAGAUGUCAGUCCUAUUUUAGUCGUUGUGAAUUCAAACUUGUGUAAUGAAAACAUAUGAUAAGAAUAGGCAUUUAGGAAGUUUUGUAAAUAACAGUCAGUCAAUUCAAAUGCUUUUCUCUCCUGUCUUCUUUUCUCAUGAGUUAACUUCUCAUAAUAGCAGAGAAGGCAUGUAUGGGUUUAUAGAUCCCUUUGGUCUAAAUAUAUUUCCCUUUCCUUUCCUUUCCUUUCCUUUUUAUUUAUUUAUUUUGAGGGGGGAGGGGACAGAGAGAGAGACAGAGAGAGAGAGAGAGAGAGAAACUCAAGCAGGCUUCAUGCCCACCACCCUAGGAUCAUGACCUAAGCUGAAAUCAAGAGUCAGACACUCAACCAACUGAGCCACCCACGUGACCCCUAAAUAGAUUUUUCGAACUAGUGGAACAAUUUUGAACUCUUAUUGCUCACAAGACCAAAUUAGUGACUUUUUCAGUAUUGCCUGCUUUCUCUCUACUCCGUGACUAAAACUUAACUUGUUUUCACUGUUGAAUUGGAUAUUUGUAUAUUUAAGCCUUUCAUAUGUUAUUUAAUUCUGUAUUAUUUCAUAUAUUUGUAUUAAAAUACUGAAUGAUUAAAAGUAAAAGUGUCAAGGCUAAA